CCCGGACAUGUGGUUUUCGUUAGCGGAAGCAGGCUGUUAGCUUCAGGAAAUCACUUGGUGGAAAAAGAUUUUCUUUCUGAAACCAAAGCUUCCGUGAACGCAGUCAAACAAACUAACAAAUUUAUCAGACGCCAAUGGACCCUGGGACCGUGACACUGAGUCUGCGGGUGGUCCGUCCAUAAUACCGCCCCGGGGCCGAGGCGAGGGGCCGGAACCAGAACCAGGACCAGCACCAGCACCAGCACCAGGACCAGGCCCGGGCUGGACUAGGCUGCAUCGUCGGGACACAUCCAGCGCUGCUGUGAGGGGCCUGGCAUGCUGUCUGCUGGGACGGCGUAGGGUCUGUAGCUGGGUAGCUGUGGUUUAUCAGAGCCGGUGUAGCGGCUCGAGGCUCGGGUAUGGCUCAGAGGAGACGUAGCUUCACGGCUAACUAACACCACAGAUAACAGACGUCAACUUUGACUAACUAGCUAGACGGCGGUAGAAAAAACAACAGACAUGAGAGGCCGAGUUUAUUGAAUGAAGGUGGUUUCUACUUGUUGGCAGUUCGCUCUUUUAAAGGCCUGAUCGAUGUAUCUGGAGCGAGUAUAGCAGCGUAGCUACGUGGUUAGCUGCUUAGCUUAGCCCGCCCCAAUGAAGGAAUACAAAGUGGUGGUCCUGGGCAGCGGGGGGGUCGGCAAGUCCGCUCUCACCGUCCAGUUUGUGACCGGCACCUUCAUCGAGAAAUACGACCCGACCAUCGAGGACUUUUACCGAAAGGAGAUCGAGGUGGACUCCUCUCCGUCCGUGCUGGAGAUCCUGGACACGGCCGGGACCGAGCAGUUCGCCUCCAUGAGGGACCUGUACAUCAAGAACGGCCAGGGCUUCAUCCUGGUCUACAGCCUGGUCAACCAGCAGAGCUUCCAGGACAUCAGGCCGAUGCGAGACCAAAUAGUGCGAGUGAAGCGCUUCGAGAAGGUGCCGUUGAUCCUGGUCGGGAACAAGGUCGACCUGGAGUCCGAGCGCGAGGUCGCUGGAUCGGACGGACGGGCCCUGGCUCAAGAGUGGGGCUGCCCCUUCAUUGAGACCUCUGCCAAGAGCAAGACCAUGGUGGACGAGCUCUUCGCGGAGAUCGUCCGACAGAUGAAUUACUCCACGCUCCCGGAGAAGCAGGAGCAAUGCUGCACGGCCUGCGUGGUGCAGUGAGGAAGAGACUCUGCGUUUGCGUGGAUCACCGCAAGCAAACGUGAACCUGGGAACAGCCUGACUUUCAACCCUACUGACAAAAAACUUACCGCGGCCGGUAACGUUUCUGCUCAUGGCGGUUUCUGACAGCAAAGACAUCGGUCCUAUUUUUGAUAUCAUAACUGUUAGAAGAUGUUUCUGCUGCAACCUCAACGGCCUUUUGUGACGACCGAGGAAGGAGUCAGACAAACUGACCUGUAAGAACAGCCAUCUGUGAAUUUCUCUUUGUUUUUGUUUUUUUUUUUCCUCGUAGGUGGAAGUAUCUCUGAAAUACUAAGCAGGAGUGUUUGUGAGGUUGCGGCUUCUUUUUAAAGCUGCUUUAAUCACUAUUAUAUACUUUAUUAUUACUUGUAUUAUGUCUCAAGUUUGAAAUUUGACAAAGUAUUUCAUAAAACAUUUUGACUUUUAGGCAUGCAUACUUCAACCGGUUUGCUGCCCAGGUGUACUGCUCAUUUUAUUUUGAAAAUCUCAUGCUAAAUAUUUCUAUUAACUUACUUAAAAGUCGUGUUUUUAAACCUGCGUAAACAGAGUGAAUGACUGUGGAUUUAACCAGUAAUAUUUACAUCAAGGGGGAUUUUAAUUGUCGUCGUUAUUCGCGGUAGCCUGAAGCAGACAAACUCACCUGAAAAUAUGCAUGUUUUUAAAAGUGAAAACGUUUACUUUGAAGUGAUGAGGAUGAGCCAUUUUACUGCUUUCAGCCUGAAUUCUGUCAAACGUCUCAACGAGGCAUGACUCGCGUGGACGCAGGUCUUCCAUUUACCGUUUUCCCCGAGGAGUCUGUGCAGGAGAACGAUUUUGGAACGACCAAAGGAGGCUCACAGUGCAUAUUCGUGUUUGACUACAUGACGUGUGUUGCUUUAAAUUCAGGAGACGCCGAUUCCUCGUCGCCGCGAUGUGGUUUGAUUUUAAAAAAUUUUUUAAGAGUUCUGGCACAGUUAAUCAGAUUUAACUUUGUACUUUUUCUUUUUCUUAUAGUAACCUAUUUAUUAAAAGCUAAUGAUAUGGGUAGCCAGUUUGAAACUUUUAAUUUUAUACUAGUUUUUGCUUUUCGUGGGUUUUCAGAAUACAUGGUAUGUUGUAUUUCUGUUUCUUUGAAGCUGAGAAUUUAACAGAGCCUUAACAUUUCUGUUGCACUCGGGUGUCAUGUUUCUUUUUUCGAACCUCGAAGAUAAACAGCUGUCAUCGUUUGGUAAUAAACUUGCAGGACUCUCUGCGCUUGUGAUGGGA